AUGUCCAUCCUCUCCUUCGUCCAAGCAUGGCAGUCCCCUCUCGCCCUCGCCCUCCUCCUCGUCCUCCCCAAGCUCGUCAGGCUGGUCACCCAACGACCCACCCAACCUGCUGCCAUCUCUCCGCCUCUAUCCGACACCGCCAAAUUCCUCCUCGCUGCGCACACAAUUCUCUACCUGAAGAGCCUCGUCUUUCCGCCGUACGACAUCUUUGUGCACCAUGGGCUCCCUAUCCUCGCCUCGAACAAGGGGCUCCGGGCGAGCGUGGUCCCGGAAGGCGUCGAUGAAGAGACGCUAUCACCGCUCCUGGAAUUGCUGCUGACGCGGUUGAAGUUGCUCGAUAACCGGAUGCUGUACGCCCGCCUGGGGCAUCAGCCGCUGUCAGAGUGUCUAUGGUGCACGCAGCCUGCCGACUACUUUUUGUUUGCGCUCCCUGGGAUGCUGCGCCCGUACAUCAUCACGGGGCUGUUUGUGGGGGCCGUCUCGUGGCUCUGCAGCAGCGAUGCGAGGCGGAAGGAAUGGCGUGCGACGGUAGCGUGGGCACUGGUGGGCGGCUUUGUGGGCGAGGUGGGAGUCAAGUGGGGCUGGGAUCUAGCUGUGGCCGACGGCGACUGUGCCCAUCUGGCCACGACGAUCCACACGCUGCGCGCGCUGUACCUCCUGGCGCUGCCUCUUGUCUAUGCCUUCGUGCCACUGUCCAGCAGCCCCUCGCCAUCGCCACAGACGAUACUCGGCCAGCUAAAGAGUCUGCAGCAACUAAGCCAGUUUGGGUCGCUCACGCGACUGUCGAUCCUGCAGUCGCCGGUUCUGCUGCCGGGGUAUGCGGGGGCGUGGGGGCGGCAGGGGGCGACGGCAGAGAGGGCGAGGCGGGACAGGGGGGUGGCAGUGUCGGUGUCGAAGGCGGGGCUCGAGGAGGGGCGGCUGCGCAGCGAGGGGCGGUCGAUGGCGGGGCGGACGUGGGAGAGGCUGGUGCAGUAA